CGCGGGGCGGGGCGCCGAGGGGCGCGCCGGGAGCUGCUCGGGCGCUGGGAGGGAGUCCACGGCCCAGUUCCGGGCGCCUCUGAGUGGGCUCACGAGGCUUUCUCGCCUCGGUUUCCGGCGAGUGCACAGGUUGGUAGCCCAGAGGAGGUUAAAGCUGUUCCCUGAGACCUCAGCUGCUAAAUCGAGUCGCAGAAGUGACCCGGUUCCUCCAGCAACGCGGGGCUGACUUCUAGACCGGGGCCAAACCCUGAGCUUGGCACUGUUGGGGGGGGGUCUCCGAAGGGGAAUCAGACCUGGUCCCUGUCCUUGGAGAAGAGGACAGUGCGUGGGGGUACUUUAUGCCGUAAGUAGCCCCAGCUCCAGGUAGACGUGGUACAGGCCCCAAGAGUGUUGGAAAUCAGGGAAGCCUUCUCAGAGGAGGUGCCGUUUGAACCGAGUCGAAGAACGAACCUGUGGGAAUUUUCCAGGUGGAAUCCAUAAGCCAGAGUAGGGUUGGUCCGGAAAGCACGAAUAGCCUAUGCCAAAACAUUGGUGAGAUGAAAUAGCCUGGCAAGCCGGGGAUCGUAAUGAGUAGUUCAGUAUGCAAGGCUGCAGAGGAACAAGUGAGACCUGAGAAUUAGAAAAUCAGCCAAGAGUCAAGUAAGGACGGUUUUGUCCUGGGCUUGGAGUAGCGUUGGUGAAUUUAAGGCAGAGCACUGGCUUCUGUCUCAGUGUUGGAGGCUGGAUUGAAAGUGGGGAGUGGUGCCAAUGGCAUGGACACUAAUUAUGACACUCUAGGAAGAAUGCCAGACGAGAUGGUGAGGACUUAAACCGAAGGAAUGACCUGGGGGUUGAAAGAGAACGCUGAACUAUAUGGAAAGCAGCAUGGCUCUGCCUGUGGAUGAGUGGAAAUCAUACCUGCUUCAAAAGUGGGCUUCACUCCCAAAGUCCAUUCAGGUCACAAUUUCUACAGCAGAGACCUUGAGCGAUAUCUUUCUUCAUUGCUCUUCACUUCUUCAGGAGUGUCACAUUCAAGGCCUAACACUGAGGACAUGUCACUAUGCUAUGCUAACCGCUCGGCAGCCCUCUUCCACCUGGGUCAGUACGAGACAUGUCUUAAAGACAUUAUCAGAGCACAGACGCAUGGCUAUCCAGAAAGACUGCAGCCCAAGAUCAUGUUACGUAAAGCAGAAUGUUUGGUGGCCCUGGGGAGACUCCAGGAGGCAAGCCAGACCAUCGGAGAUCUUGAAAGGAACUUCACGGCCACACCAACCCUAGCACAUGUCCCCCCUCAGACUCUGCAGAGAAACCUCCAUCAUCUGAAAAUGGAGGUACAGGAAAAGGAGAAUCUCACAGAAACCUUCCCAGCAACUCUGGCCAAAACCCUUGAGGAUGUGGCGCUCAGGGGAGAGAAUGAACAACUUUCCAAUGCCUCAUCAUCCGUCGGCUUGUGCAUAGAUCCUUUAAAAGGUCGCUAUCUCGUUGCCACGAAAGAUAUUCUCCCAGGAGAGCUUCUGGUGAAGGAGGAUGCUUUUGUGAGUGUUCUCAACCCAGGAGAACUGCCACCACCGCAUCACGGCCUAGACAGCCAGUGGGACACCAGAGUCACCAAUGGGGACCUCUAUUGUCACCGAUGUUUGAAGCACACUUUGGCCACAGUUCCGUGUGACGGAUGCAGUUAUGCCAAGUAUUGCAGCCAGGAGUGUUUGCAGCAGGCCUGGGAGCACUACCACAGGACAGAAUGUCCUCUGGGGGGGCUGCUGCUCACACUGGGUGUCUUUUGCCACAUUGCCCUGAGGUCGACUCUUGUGGUGGGAUUUGAGGAUGUUCGCAAAAUCGUAAAGAAGCUUUGUGUUAAGAUUAGUAACAAGGACAUCUGUUUACCAGAAAGCAACAAUCAGGUCAAGACACUUAAUUGUGGCCGAGGAGAGAGUGAGAAAAAUGGCAACAGGGUUGAAACCCCGAUUCCUGGAUGCGAUGCUAAUGGGAAGUAUGACAGUAAUUAUAAUGCUGUCUUCAACCUUUUGCCCCAUACUGAAAACCAUAGCGCAGAGCACAAGUUCCUCUGUGCUGUCUGUGCUUCUGUCCUGUGCAGGCAGCUAGAAGCAGCCAGUUCACAGGCCAUCCCAACAGGUGUGAGCUCCUCUCAGUUUACAGCAGCAGCGACACCUGAGUUGUGUCCCGACGUGACUAUCUGGGGAGUGGCAAUGCUGAGACACAUGUUACAGCUGCAGUGUAAUGCUCAGGCGAUAACCACCAUACAACACACAGGGUCUAAAGGGAGCAUCGUUACCGACAGCAGGCAGGUGCGCCUUGCCACAGGCAUCUUCCCUGUCAUCAGCCUCCUGAACCACUCCUGCAGCCCCAACACCAGCGUGUCCUUCACUAGCACUGUCGCCACCAUCCGGGCGUCACAGCGGAUUGGAAAGGGGCAAGAGAUUCUCCACUGCUACGGGCCUCACAAGAGCCGGAUGGGGGUUGCUGAAAGGCAGCAGAAGCUGAGGUCUCAGUAUUUCUUUGACUGCACCUGUCCACCUUGUCAGACGGAGGCACACAGGAUGGCUGCAGGGCCCAGGUGGAAAGCAUUCUGUUGCAGCAGUUGCAGAGCGCCCCUGCAGGGAGAUGGCGUGCUGCGCUGUGGCAACAGAUCUUGUGCAGAAUCCGUCGUCAGCAGAGACGACCUAGUCUCUCGGUUACAGGACCUUCAGCAGCAGGUCGGAGUGGCCCAGAAGCUUCUCAGAGAUGGGGAACUGGAGCGAGCCGUUCAGCUGCUGUCGGGGUGCCAGCGUGAUGCCGAGAGCUUCCUGUGGGCAGAGCACGCCAUGGUGGGAGAGAUCGCAGAUGGCCUGGCCCGGGCCUGUGCUGCCUUAGGGGACUGGCAAAAGUCAGCCACCCAUCUACAGAAGAGUCUCCGCGUGGUGGAGGUUCGCCACGGGCCGUCCAGUGUUGAAAUGGGCCAUGAGCUCUUCAAACUGGCCCAGAUCUUUUUCAACGGGUUUGCAGUACCCGAAGCCCUGAGCACAAUACAGAAGGCUGAGGAGGUUCUGUCGCUGCACUGUGGCCCGUGGGAUGAUGAAAUCCAGGAGCUCCAGAAGAUGAAAUCCUGUUUAUUGGACUUACCACCCACCCUUGUAAGGUCUUCAGUUUAGGGUCCCAGGGGGAUUUUGACCCACAGAAAAGGAGCCCAUGGAACACAAGGUAAAGAGGUUACAGCUGGGCGGGCGCGGCGGCUCACGCCUGUCAUCCCAGCACUGUGGGGGGCCAAGGCGGGCGGAUCACGAGGUCAGGAGAUCGAGACCAUCCUGGCUAACACGGUGAAACCCCGUCUCUACUAAAAAUACAAAAAAACUAGCCGGGCGACCUGGCGGGCGCCUGUAGUCCCAGCCACUCGGUAGGCUGAGGCAGGAGAACCGGGAGGCGGAGCUUGCAGUGAGCAGAGAUCCGGCCACUGCACUCCAGCCUGGGCGACAGAGCGAGACUCCGUCUAAAAAAAAAAAAAAUAAAGAGGUUUUGUUUGCCAGCCGGGCAAGGCGGCUCACGCCUGCAAUCCUGACACUUUGGGAGGCUGAGGGAGGCAGAUCACAAGGUCAGGAGUUAGAGACCAGACUGGCCAACAUGGUGAAACCCCGUCUUUACUAAAAAUACAAAAACUAGCUGGGCGUGGUGGCAGACGCCCAUAAUCCCAGCUACUUGAGAGGCUGAGGCAGGAGAAUCUCUUGAACCCGGGAGGCAGAGGUUGCGGUGAGCUGAGAUCGCUCCACUGCAUUCCAACGUGGAUGACAGUGUGAGACUCCAACUCAAAAAAAAAAUAAGAGGUUCUGCUGCCAGGUGUGGGUUCUGUGGAUCGGGUGUGGGGUCUGCGGACCAGGUGUGGGUUCUAUGUAGGUUCUGCAGGCCCGGCAUAGAGGUUCACAUCUGUGAUCCCAGUACUGUGAGAGGCUGAGGUGGGAGGCUCACGCCUGUAAUCCUAGUAUGUUGAGUUGGCCGGGUGUGGAGGCUCACGCCUGUAAUCCCAGUACUUUGAGACACUGAGGU